CGCGAGACUUGGUUCGGCUCCGCAGCAGCGUGACUCGCACACGUGUGUCCGCAGCAGUAGGAACCGGCUCUCGGCUGCAGGUUCUCCGUCCGCCCUCUUCUCCAGAACCAGAACCAUGUCGUGGCUGUUUGGUCUGAACCGCGGUCAGCCCGAGCCCCCUCCGGACCUGCCCGUGCCUCCACCGCCGCCGCCUCCGCCGGGGGGCUCGGGGGGCUCCGGGGGAGACAAACCCAAGGACAAGUGGAGCAACUUCGACCCCACCGGGCUGGAGAGGGCGGCCCAUGCGGCCCGAGAGCUCGACAAGUCCCGUCAUGCUAAAGAGGCGCUGGAUCUGGCCCGCAUGCAGGAGCAGACGGUUCAGAUGGAGCAUCAGAGUAAGAUGAAGGAGUACGAAGCCGCGCUGGAGCAGCUGAAAGGUGAUCAGAUCCGCAUCCAGGCGGAGGAGAGGAGGAAAACGCUGAACGAGGAAACCAAGCAGCAUCAGGCGAGAGCGCAGUACCAGGAUAAACUGGCCAGGCAGCGCUAUGAGGACCAGCUACGGCAGCAGCAAGCUCUUAAUGAGGAGAACCUGCGGAGGCAGGAGGAGUCUGUGCAGAAGCAGGAGGCCAUGAGGAAAGCCACCAUCGAGCACGAGAUGGACCUGAGGCACAAGAAUGAGAUGAUGCGGGUGGAGGCCGAGGCUAAAGCUCGAGCGCGGGUGGAGAGGGAGAACGCCGACAUCAUCCGGGAGCAAAUCCGCCUUAAAGCGGCGGAGCACCGUCAGACGGUUCUGGACAGUAUCCGGACUGCCGGUGCCGUGUUCGGCGAGGGCUUCAAGGCUUUUAUUUCAGACUGGGACAAAGUGACCGCGACGGUGGCAGGGUUGACUCUGCUGGCUGUCGGUGUGUAUUCUGCGCGGAACGCUACGGGCGUGGCAGCGCGGUACAUCGAGGCUCGGCUCGGUAAACCGUCUCUGGUCAGGGAGACUUCGCGCAUCACGGUGACGGAGGCCAUCAAACACCCCAUCAAGAUGACCAGGAGGUUGAUGAGUAAGCCUCAGGAUGCGCUGGAGGGAGUUGUGCUCAGUCCGUCGCUGGAGGAGCGCGUCCGUGACAUCGCCAUAGCAACGCGCAACACCCGGCAGAACCGGGGUCUCUACAGGAACAUCCUGAUGUACGGACCACCUGGGACGGGAAAGACGCUCUUUGCCAAGAAAUUGGCAGUGCAUUCUGGGAUGGACUAUGCCAUCAUGACCGGGGGAGACGUCGCCCCCAUGGGGCGGGAUGGUGUAACUGCCAUGCACAAAGUGUUCGACUGGGCCGGCACCAGCCGCCGAGGCCUGCUGCUGUUUGUGGAUGAAGCUGAUGCAUUCCUGCGCAAGAGAGCCACUGAGAAGAUCAGUGAGGAUCUGCGAGCGACGCUGAACGCAUUCCUGUACCGCACCGGAGAGCAGAGCAACAAGUUUAUGUUGGUUUUGGCCAGUAAUCAGCCCGAGCAGUUCGACUGGGCCAUUAAUGACCGUAUUGAUGAAAUCGUGAACUUUGCCCUCCCUGGGCCCGAGGAGAGAGAGCGGCUCGUCCGGCUUUACUUCGACAGAUAUGUACUGGAGCCGGCCACCGGGGGGAGACAGCGGCUGAAGCUGGCUCAGUUUGAUUAUGGAAAGAAGUGUUCUGAAAUUGCUAAGAGAACGGAGGGGAUGUCCGGCCGAGAGAUUUCCAAACUGGGCGUGGCCUGGCAGGCUGCCGCGUACUCCUCUGAGGACGGCGUGCUGACGGAGGCGAUGAUUGACGCCCGCGUGGACGACGCUGUCCGCCAACACAUGCAGAAGAUGGACUGGCUGCAGGACACGGAGGGCAUCACUAUGUCUCCCAGCCACCAGGGGGCAGCAGCAGGCAAAGGUGCCAAAAUGGGCUUCAUUGUGCCUCAGGAUGCCCCUCCUCCAGCUCUGGAGGUGCUGUCUCCCUUACAGGAGCGCUGCCCUGCUCCGGACUCUACCAUCGCGCCGGGGGAGGGGGGUUCAGCCGCAGAGAAAGAGACUGUUCCAUUUGCAGGAGAAGAUCAACAAACUGGGGAGAAGGACGGGCCGCCCAGGGGGGGCACGCCGGUUUAACUGGGGUCCAGUUCAGGGGUCGUAUUAACACCACACCGCCGGUCCUGGGCCGGGUGUGUGUUCACAUACGUGUAUGUAUGCGGAGAUCAGCGCAGACAGAAGCAGCCUGGUUCUAGAUCGGAAUUUCUAAGCUGAAAUAACCCCAGACUGAGUGGGUAACUCUGGGUGAGUCCGUAGAGGUGCUGUAUCUGGUUAAUAAUAAUAAUAAUAAUAAGGACCUUUAUGAAAUGGCGGUCACUCACACAUUCAGUCGGCUCUGUGGAUGAAUCCAAUCCAGUGCGUUCUAAAGAUUUAUUUUUUAUUUUGAGGGCACAAAAUGGACAAAAUGCUAUACUGUGAUUUACACAGCCGCAUAUAGCAACUACAGAUGACCUAACAUUGCAUUAAAAUGCAAUAACGACACAUUUAAAGACUGA